UUCCGUGAGAGAUUUUUUACUUUUCAAUUAGAGACUCUAACCUCUGAACUCCAGCGUCUAAGAUACUGCAAUGGCCAUGGCGACUCCUUCAACUCUCGUGAUUAAGGUUAAGUAUGGAGAUGUACAGAGGCGUUUCAUUGCUGGAAUUUUGGGGGAGAAAUUGUAUUAUAGUAUGGAUGGAUUGAAGAAGAAGAUUCGGUUUCUUUUCGAUAUUUCUCCCAAUGUCGAACUGAUUUUGAGGUACACUGAUAGGGACGGCGAUGUCAUGCAUCUUGUCGACGACGAUGAUAUUUGCGAUGUGAUGAAACAGGGCCUCAACCCUCUUCGAUUAACUCUUUUGCUCGGUUCACGGAUAGCCUCAAGUGUGCCUAGUUGCUUGCCAUUGCAGGGGAUUUUCGAAAUUCUGAAAUGUAUGCCGGGGCCUCUGCGCAGAAGUCUCACUAACAACGUCGCCUCCGAUGUUUCAUCUAAUGCAUUGCCUUCGGAUGUCUCUGAAAAUAGCUUGUCGGUUUCAUCGAAGACACUGCCUUCGGAUGUCUCUGAAGAUGUCUCUGAAAAUAGCUCGUCGGUUUCAUCAAAGACAUUGCCUUCGGAUGUCUCUGAAAAUAGCUUGUCGAAUACAUCCAAGGAUCAUAACGAUGGUAACCUACAAAAUGAUAAUGUUGGCAAUGUAUCUAUCAAAAACUGGGAUUGGGACAAAUGUCGGAAGCCACGGUCUGUGAGACCCCUGAUGGUUUCCCCUGUUCUUUCGAGGAAGACAAUCCGAGCUUGUUGUCUUGCGAAUGAAAUAUCUCGCGUUGAACGAGAGACGAGUUCCUUUUGUGAUAACAAUGGAUUCGCGUCCCAAGUAAAGUCGAACGAUCACAGACUCGACAGUUUCAUCGUUGAUUCGAAUGCAAAUAUAGUCGAUAUUACAGUUACUCCGCCUUUAACUAUGUUUGCGAAGAAAUGGCGAUUGAGGAACAAUGGCACGGUCGAAUGGCCGCAGGGAACGUAUCUUUGUUGUACCAGCGGAGAGCAGCUGAGACGCAAUCCUUGCCUCGAACUUGAGAUUCCUAUAUCCGGUGUGCCAGUAGGCGAUGAUCUAGAAAUUUUUGUCGAUUUUGUCGCUCCUGAAAUGCCCGGCAAGUACAUCUCUAUUUGGACAAUGACUUCGCCGGAUAGACAGUAUUUCGGACAAGCUCUUUGGGUCAUCUUACAGGUUGAUCAUGUCGCUACGACGCUAAAUUACGAAGAAGACGACAGCUGUGACUUGAGUCUGAAACUGUCCCUUGGAAGCAGCAGCAGCUGUAUAAAUUCGAAGCCGGCAUUUGUCGAAGAUAUCAAACCUCAGACUGCAGAAAUAGAUUCGAAUCCAGAGCCAAUUGUUGAACCUCAGAUAGAAGACGAAGAAUCAACACCGGUAGAGCAUUCGAGUCCAGCGCCAAUUGUCGAUGAUACGCAACCUGAGAUCGAAGAUGAGGAGAAAAUUCCGAUAAUUAAUUUCAAUGCAGUGCCCAUUGUUGAAGAUACGGAACCUCAAACUGAAAGCGAAUACUACGAGAGCGAAGAAGAAAGCUACGAAGAGGAUGAGAGCGAAGAAGAAAGCUACGAAGAGACUGAAAGCGAAGAAGAAAGCUACGAAGAAACUGAAAGCGAAGAAGAAGAAGAAGAGAGUGCAGAGGAUACAGAUACAAUGAAUGUGGACGGGUGGACGAACUCGACAGCUUGGCGUCCGACUAUAUACGAAAACUACACUUCAUCUAUUCUACUAGGGAAUGGUGCGAACGAUCUAUGGAUUUCUGAUCUGUGUGGUCUAUCUGUCCCGGAUUCAGCAAUGCCUAUGCAUGUUUCCAAAUCUUCGAAAAGGUCUCUAAGGUCGCUUUUGUAUGGCCCUCCAGAAUCUGAAACUGAGGUUUCUGUAAAUAAGGAGGAUCCUGCCGAGGAGGAGAAGAUUGGUAUUGUGAAGAAAUUUCACGACAUGUACGUAAACGAGAAGAAAUCAGAAUGUGAAUUGGAUGAGACAAGGGACGAUGAUUUCAGUGACAGUGACGACUGGGAUCCCAUGCUAGAAGAGCUGCUGGAGAUGGGAUUUAAGGAUUCGGAGACGAACAAGAAGCUGUUGGAGAAGAACAAUGGGAGCAUAAUGAAGGUGGUUUUGGAUCUUAUUGCUGAAGAGAAUAUUGGGUUUUGACGAUCAAUCCCGUUGUCUUGUGUGGAAGAAUCCGGCGAUGUCGGCCGCCGAAAUGAGUACUCCGAUGG